CUGUUUAUUGUGUUUCAUGUGUUUGAUGUUUUUGUCACUGUGGGGCUUUAAUGACCGGAAACGAAGCUUUUCUCGUGGCGUCUCACUGUUUUGUCCUCGACGGUUUCAUUCAGGGUUUUUGGAGAAUCAAGUUGGCGGGAAGAGCGGGGUCACGUGACAACUCUGAGGAUCAGCUGAAGAUCCCUUCAUCAUCUUCAUCAUCAUCUUCAUCAUCGUGAGGGACACAGAGCAGCUGCUCACUAAGCACCAUCAUGGUGAGGACGUACAAAAGGAAGACCAACCGUGCGAGUACGGCUCCCGACACCAUGCUGAAGGCCGUGCGGCAGGUGCUGGUGUUCAAGAAAACCAUCCGCGGCGCCGCAGAAGAGUUCGGCAUCAACUAUCGCACGCUGGCCCGCUACUGCACCAAAAUCCCCCGCGAGGAGGUGGAGGGAAGCGCGGAGCAUCCCAGCUGCGCCGUGGGCUUCGUCGGCGCCCGACAGGUCUUCAGCCCGGAGCUGGAGGCCGAACUCGUCGCCUACGUUUUAAUGGCGUCCGCCGUUUAUUACUCGCUCCCGCCGCGAGCGAUCCGGAAACUGGCCUACCAGCUGGCCAAGAGCCACCAGCUGCAAACACCGCCCUCGUGGAAGGAAAACAAACAGGCCAGCGCCGACUGGUUCGCCAGUUUCUUAAAGAGACACCCGCUGCUGUCCAUCAGGACGCCCGAGCCGGCCAGUCCAGCAAAGACGAGCGCCUUCAACAGGAGUCACGUUGAGGUGUUUUACAGUAAGCUGAAGACGCUGACGGAGCGACACGGUUUCAGACCCGAGGACAUGUGGAUCAUGGAUGAAAUGGGAGUCACCACAGCUCAGCGGCCGGAUCGAGUGCUGGCCAGGAAAGGCCUGAAACAAACGGGCGUGACGUCGCCCGACCGCGGGCCCCUCGUGAGCGUCGCCUGUGUCGUCUCGGCCGCCGGACGCGUGCUGCCGCCCUAUUUCGUGUUCCCGCGGGUGCAGUUCAGGGAGCAUUUCCUCAGUGGCGCGCCAGCGGGAAGCUCCGGCGGAGCCCAUCUGAGCGGCUGGAUGAGGGAGGAGCAGUUCGUCGACUUCCUACAGCAUUUCGUGCGACAGACCAAAAGUGUCCCGGACAGACCCUGCCUGCUGCUGCUGGACAGCCACGCCGCGCACCUGUCCAUCGAGGGCCUCGACUUCGCCAAAGCCAACGGCGUGGUGUCGCUGUGCUUCCCGCCACACUGUUCCCAGCACCUGGAGCGCACGGUUUACGGCCCGUUUAAGAAGUGCGUGAACACGGCCGUCGACAGCUGGAUGCUGGGCAGUCCGGGGAGGAGCAUCACCAUUCAUCACGUCCCGGGAAUCGUCGCCUCCGCGCUGCCGCUGGCGGCCACACCGGACAACAUCACCGCUGCCUUCAGAGCCUGUGGGAUUCACCCUCUCAACCCAAACGAGACGGGGUCGGUUACGGACGGUCUGAUCGCUUCCGCACCCAACGGUUCAGACUCUAGCGGUGAUGCAGCUGAACGAUCAACAGACCCGUCGAUUUCAGAGCGAGACUCAGAGAGAAUGGGUGCCGCACAGGAGAAGGACGGCUGCCGUCUCGACUGGCUCUCGUGUGAUUACACCACCACAGAGACGUGCAAAUAA